ACCUGGCAACACUGAAGUGGGCGGAAACGCCUGUCUCGUAACUGUCCUGUGUUUUGAUCCUUCCUCCUCUCUCUGCUUGAAUUAAUCAACCCUGUGCCGAUAUGAUAGUUACUUAAACUUCUUUCUAACUUUUAUCUCAACCCCCCUUGUGGACCCGUCACAGCCUCAUCUGGUAUUUGUAAACACAGGAACACCUCGUUCCGGCAGCUAGCUCGUUAGCUUGCCAUGCUAGCUCGUUGCGAAAAUCCCCGACGACAACAACAACAAAAACAACAACAAUCUGGUUCCGAUUAUUUUGCCGGGGACAACCGAAAGUUUUAAGACGCCGGCUGCUGUGCGGGGAGUUAUUACAGCGCAGCAUGUCUAAUAAGAGGUGUGAAGACUCUGCGUUCACGGGCAGUUACGACGUCGGCUCCUUUCCCAAAAGUUUCGGUUACGGGGCGGAGGAGGAGGCGGACAUGGACGAGAGCUGCGCGCCCGCCGAGAAACCGAGGAUCCUGCUGAUGGGGCUGCGACGGAGCGGGAAGUCUUCCAUCCAGAAGGUUGUAUUCCACAAGAUGUCGCCCAAUGAGACACUGUUCCUCGAGAGCACCAACAAAAUCUACAAGGACGACAUCUCCAGCAGCUCCUUUGUCAACUUCCAGAUCUGGGACUUUCCCGGGCAGGUGGACUUCUUCGACCCCACGUUCGACAGCGAGAUGAUCUUCAGUGGAACCGGCGCUUUGAUCUUCGUCAUUGACGCUCAGGACGACUAUGUGGAGGCUCUCGGGCGUUUGCAUCUCACCGUGUCUAGGGCCUACAAAGUGAAUCCAGACAUCAACUUUGAGGUGUUCAUCCAUAAAGUGGACGGUCUGUCCGACGACCACAAAAUUGAAACACAAAGGGACGUUCAUCAGAGGGCGAACGAUGAUCUGGCAGAUGCCAACCUGGAGAAGGUUCACCUCAGCUUCUACUUGACCAGUAUCUACGACCACUCCAUAUUUGAGGCCUUUAGCAAAGUCGUCCAGAAGCUCAUUCCUCAGUUACCAACGUUGGAGAACCUUUUGAACAUUUUCAUAUCUCAUUCUGGGAUCGAGAAAGCAUUCCUGUUUGACGUCGUUAGCAAGAUUUACAUCGCCACAGACAGCUCUCCUGUGGACAUGCAGUCCUACGAGCUGUGCUGCGACAUGAUCGACGUCGUCAUCGACGUCUCCUGCAUUUACGGACUAGUGGAGGAUGGCAGCGGCUGUGCCUACGACAAGGAGUCUUUGGCCAUCAUCAAGCUCAACAACACUACCGUGCUCUAUUUGAAAGAGGUCACAAAGUUCCUCGCUCUCGUCUGCAUCCUCAGAGAGGAGAGCUUUGAGAGGAAAGGUUUGAUAGAGUACAACUUUCAUUGUUUCCGGAACGCCAUCCACGAAGUGUUUGAAGUUGGCACCGCGGCAGACGGCGGCGUCUGGAGAUCUGCGAGCUCGUCCAACAACAGCCCGAGCGGCUUGAGAUUUGCCGCGCUGAAUGGAAAUGCUGUUUAAAAAGGGGAAGGGGAGACAAGUGUGAUUUUAAAAUUUGGGUUUUACCUGAAGUGCAGUGAGGCAUGAACAUGAACGCACAUGUGCCUCCCGUCCUGCAGAUGUGGCCCCUUAUUGUGUGCAGAUGAAUGCGAGUCAAUUAUUGUAGAAGCUCAUGAGUUAAACUCGGACAGAUGUCACUGGGUCAGUUUCAAAGAGCCUAAUCAAGCCAUUCUGACUAAAUUAUAUUGAGCCGGUUCUCCUCUGGUUUGAGAGGAGAUCACAUGUAAAAUACAGUAUAUUUGUACAUUUGUACAUUAUUACAGGUAAUAUAUAUAUAUAUAUAUAUAUAUAAAAACAAAUCCUGUGCCAUAGUUUGGAUCCUUCUUUUCACAGUGCAAUGUCAAAAAUUCUGUCGGUUAUGUUUACGUCCUUGGCCAGUAGAUUCUAUAGUUUACAUGCAAUCCGUCACAUCCUACAACAGAACAAUCUCCCUUCAUGUAAUCCUGCUCAUGUUACCAAUACUUAUUUGGUUCUAUAAGUGGCUUUAAUCCCCCGGUAGGUAGGGGGAAAAAACGAAUCCUUCCCGAGCGCGGUGUUUGUGCUUCAGUGUGUUUUCUGUUGAUUAUAAUGACUCAUCCGACCGGCACUCAGCACAGGAUCUCCGCCGACCAGAACGGUGCCAGUUUCACCAUUAAGCGCCUCGGGUGAUUAACAGAGGGGCCGACAACUGGAAACCUAAUGCAGUGUGGAAAGAACUGCUGAUGCUUCUCUCAUCUCACGUCCUGCCACAACCUGCUGACAGCUGACUCUUUUUUUUUUUGUAGCUUGACGAACACUUUGGACAAAUCUACAGCAGCGGUUGCUUUCUGCCUUUUUCGGUGCAAGUGCUUAGUGGUGCCUUGGAAGAUUUAUUUUUGUUAUUGUAUGCAAAUCUUUAGUAAAAAUACGUUUCAUAUUU